UCCCGGAUCACGUGAUCCCCGUGUCAGCUGACCGGGCUCGGCCGGAAGGAGACCGCCCCGGACCCUCCCUCCUCGGCGCGAUGAGGUUCCGGUUCUGUGGUGACCUGGACUGUCCCGACUGGGUCCUGGCCGACAUCAGCACACUGGCCAAGAUUUCCUCGGUGAAGCUGCGGCUGCUGUGUAGCCAGGUGCUCAAGGAGCUUCUGGGGCAGGGGAUUGAUUAUGAGAAGAUCCUGAAGCUUACUGCUGACGCCAAGUUUGAGUCCGGCGAUGUGAAGGCCACAGUCGCGGUUCUAAGUUUCAUCCUCUCCAGUGCCGCCAAGCACAGCGUGGACGGCGAGUCCUUGUCCAGCGAGCUGCAGCAGCUGGGGCUGCCCAGAGAACACGCCGCCAGCCUGUGCCGCUGUUACGAGGAGAAACAGAGCCCCCUACAGGAGCACCUGCGGGCCUGCAGUCUGCGCGUGAACAGGCUGGCGGGGGUGGGCUGGCGGGUGGACUACACCCUCAGCUCUAGCCUCCUCUGCUCUGUGGAUGCGCCCAUGGUGCACCUGCGGUUGGAGGUGGCGCCUGCCCCCGGGGCCCCGGCCCGGCCUAUCACCAUGUCCCUCUCAGCAGACAAGUUCCAGGUUCUCCUGGCAGAACUGAAGCAGGCUGAGACCAUGAUGAGCUCCCUGGGCUGAGGGGAAGGGUGUUCUUGGGCUGUGUGGAUGCUCUCCCUGCAUCGAGACUUGCCCCUGCACACCCCAGGGCCGCUCCCAGCUCUAGGCCAUGGAGGCCCUGCCCUGCCCUUCGCCUUCUGGAUUUCUGGCUGCCUGGUUUCCAGCUUGAAACUUCAGCAUAGGGCUCCUGAAGGUCUGUCCCAGAAUUGCCUUCCUUCCCCUUGACAGAAGGCACCUGACAGCUGUUUUCAGGCAGAAAGAAUAAACAAAUGAACGGGA